UUCAUCGCGAAACGCAAGCUUCGUUGUUGCCACGCGGCUACAAAACCCUCAACUCUUCUUCUUGGAUGUCUUCAUCUUCAUCGCAGAGGCUUCUCCGUUGCUUCCCACUCGCUCUUCCCUUCUCCUCUCCCUCCUCAUCGGCUGCCUUUCUCCUCUUCCAUCGUCCUCUCUCGUCGUCCGCCCUUUUCUCCUCCACAAUGCCCUACCGCAACCGCGGGAAGCUACAGCAAUCACAGGAUUCGGUUGAAGUCGCUGAUCGUCUCCAGCGGCUCACUAUUUCCGAUCAUGGUCCAUUGCAGCUGAUUGGUCAGGACCGGGGCGUUUCGACGGCUAGCGGUUCUGUUGCUGCUGCUACUGCGGGGUCUGCUGUUGUGACGGAGAAGGAGGCGGGGACCGCUGAGCGGCUCUCGAAGCUGUUUAACAGACCGCUGGGUGCGGAUUUUAGUGUGGAUGGGAAUACGUUUUCACGGGCGCAGAUUCGAGCGACAUUUUAUCCUAAGUUUGAGAAUGAGAAGUCUGAUCAGGAGAUCAGGACAAGGAUGAUAGAGAUGGUCUCUCAUGGCCUGGCUACCUUAGAGGUUUCGCUCAAACAUUCUGGAUCACUUUUCAUGUAUGCAGGUCAAGAAGGUGGAGCAUACGCUAAGAACAGCUUUGGAAAUGUAUACACUGCUGUCGGUGUUUUUGUUCUAGGGAGGAUGUUUCAUGAGGCUUGGGGCACUGAAGCUAUAAGAAAGCAAGCAGAGUUCAACGAAUUCCUUGAGAAAAACCACAUGUGCAUAUCAAUGGAAUUGGUCACUGCUGUUCUAGGAGACCAUGGUCAGCGGCCUAUUGAUGACUAUGUUGUGGUGACUGCUGUAACAGAAGUAGGUAGUGGCAAACCAAAGUUCUUCUCUACUCCAGAGUUGAUUGCAUUCUGUAGAAAAUGGCGGUUGCCAACAAAUCAUGUCUGGCUGUUUUCUACACGGAAAUCAGCCACUUCUUUUUUUGCUGCUUAUGAUGCAUUAUGUGAAGAAGGGACUGCAACACCUGUUUGUAAAGCUCUUGAUGAAGUUGCUGAUAUAUCUGUUCCAGGAUCAAAAGACCACAUAAAGGUGCAAGGUGAAAUAUUAGAGGGUCUAGUCGCUCGUAUUGUUAGCCGUGAUAGCUCCAACCAUAUGGAGGAAGUUCUGAGAGAGUUUCCUCCUCCUCUGAUGGAUGGAAUUGUUCAUGAUCUGGGACCUAGUCUGCGUGAAAUAUGUGCUGUUAAUAGGUCAGAUGAGAAACAGCAAAUCCAAGCGCUUCUUCAGCAUGCUGGGACUUCGCUGUGUCCAAGCUUCUGCGACUGGUUUGGAAAUGGGGCAGUUGGGAUCCAUUUCAGAAAUGCUGACCGGUCGGUUCUUUCUAAGUUUUUACAAGCUCAUCCUGCGGAUUUCUCUACCACCAAACUGCAAGAAAUGAUUCGUUUGAUGAGACAAAGGCAUUUUGGAGUUGCCUUUAAGUGUUACUGCAACUUCAACAAAAUUGAUUCUUUGUCAAGUGAUGAUCUUCAUUUUAAGAUGGUUAUCCAUGUUCAUAAUGAUUCUGUUUUUCGACGCUAUCAGCAAGAGAUGAGGCGGAACAGAGGAUUAUGGCCAUUGUACAGGGGAUUCUUUGUCGAUAUUGAUAUGUUCAAAUUAAACAAAGAGAAAGCUGCUGAACUCGUAAAGGAUGGUAACAUGCUGCUAAAGAACAUCAAUGGUUCUGAUGUUAGUUCAUCAGUUUCUGAUGGUCUAGCUGAUGAGGAUGCAAAUCUGAUGGUCAAGCUGAAGUUUUUAACAUACAAGUUGCGGACAUUUUUGAUUCGCAAUGGUUUGUCUAUACUUUUUAAGGAUGGCCCAUCAGCUUAUAAAACUUACUACUUGAGGCAAAUGAAGAAUUGGGGUACAUCAACUAUCAAGCAGAAGGAGCUGAGCAAAAUGCUGGAUGAGUGGGCUGUUUAUAUCCGAAGAAAAUGUGGAAACAGACCCUUGUCAUCAUCCACAUACCUUAGUGAAGCGGAGCCUUUCCUUGAGCAGUAUGCUAAACGCAGUCCACAAAAUCAAGCAUUGAUAGGAUCUGCUGGUAGCUUGGUGAGCACUGAAAAUUUCUUGGCUAUAAUUGAUGGAGGCAGGGAUGAAGAGGGUGAUCUCCAUCUUGAUGAAGAGGUUACACCCUUACAACCAUCACCAUCAACUAUUGACACUGUUCCAAAAGAUGAGGGACUCAUUGUUUUUUUUCCAGGCAUCCCUGGUUGUGCAAAGUCUGCUUUGUGCAAAGAAAUUCUAAAUACUCCAGGUGUCCUUGGAGAUGACCGCCCAAUUCAAAGUCUUAUGGGUGAUUUGAUAAAAGGACGAUAUUGGCAAAAGGUUAUUGAUGAACGUAAGAAAAAACCUUCUGUCAUUACUCUUGCUGACAAAAAUGCGCCAAAUGAGGAAGUUUGGAAACUGAUUGAAGACAUGUGCAGAAGUACAAAAGCCUCUGCGAUUCCUGUUGUUCCUGAUUCAGAAGGAACUGAUUCGAAUCCAUUUUCUUUGGAUGCUCUGGCUGUUUUUAUCUUUCGUGUUCUUCAGCGGGCCAAUCAUCCGGGAAAUUUGGAUAAGGCAUCACCAAAUGCUGGAUAUGUGCUGUUAAUGUUUUAUCACCUUUAUGAGGGCAAGAACCGAAAAGAAUUUGAGACUGAACUAUUUGAGCGUUUUGGUGCACUGGUCAAGAUGCCCUUACUGAAACCAGACAGGAAUUCUCUUCCUGAGCCAAUGAAGGCCAUUUUAGAGGAAGGCAUAAGUCUUUUCAGGCUUCAUACCAACAGAUAUGGAAGGUACAAAACAGAACCUUCUAAAGGUUCAUAUGCAAAAGAAUGGGCACAGUGGGAGAAGCGCCUGCGAGAGGUUCUAUUUGGCAAUGCUGAUUAUCUCAAUUCCAUUCAGAUUCCAUUUGAUAUUGCUGUCAAGCAAGUUAUAGAGCAGCUGAAAGAUGUUGUGAAAGGAGAACACAAAACACCAGAAACUGAGAAGAGAAAAUUUGGGAACAUUGUUUUUGCCGCCGUAACCAUGCCUGUGAAAGAAAUCAAUUGCCUCUUGAAUGAGAUCGCUGAAAAGGAGCCUAAAGUCAAGGAUUUUCUCGGAGACAAGGAUCUCGAGAACAACCUCAGAAAAGCCCAUGUGACACUCGCUCACAAGCGAAGCCAUGGUGUUACUGCUGUUGCAAGUUAUGGCAUCUUCGAGAAACAGAACAUCCCUGUUGAUGUCACCGCACUGUUAUUUUCUGAUAAAUCAGCUGCACUGGAAGUCCAACUUGGCUCUGUUAAUGGUGAAAAUAUCAGUUCAAAAAAUGAAUGGCCCCAUGUCACGCUUUGGACUGCGGCAGGGGUGCCGCCGAAAGAAGCCAAUGCAUUGCCGCAAUUGCUCAUCGAAGGGAAGGCUUCGCGUGUUGAAAUUGAACCACCUUUUACUAUUGCUGGAGUGAUGGAUUUCUACUGAACGGAACUCGUACUCAAUUUAUGGUUUUUACCAGCGGUUUGGCAAUCUGGAAGGUGCAUUGAAUUGAUUACUUGCAAGAAGUGUCUUUCCUGCGUCAGUCUUUGUAUACACAAGUGAUACAUAUCAGGGAAGUUUUUGUACCGACUUAAUAAUGGAUUGUGGCUUUUUUGUAGUCAUGCCAUUUCCACUUUUGUACUGAGGAAAAACACGAGCCUGGUGUUCCGAUUAUGUGUAUGGAUAGGUUGGGUUUUGAA